AUGCCAGUCUACGAAAAAAAUUAUGUUUCCAGCAAGUUUGCAGCCAUCGUCGGAAACCCACGGACGGCGAAUUUCACGCGACUGUGUGUUCCAUUUUCAAAUGCCUCGGCAAACUCCACACCAGUGCCCUCACUGUCCACGUGUAAUGUGAACGCAUCCGUCAUUCUGUACAACAGGAAACUGAUUCUCUUCUCAGGUAACAAGGUAUUUUUGUAUGACGACUAUGAAAGUCUGGAUUCUGGACCAACAAAAACUUUUCAAUUUAGCGACAUAUUUACUGGAAUAUCAGGAACACUGGAUGCUGCUUAUGAUGAUAAUGACACCAUAUCACUGAUUCAAGGCUCCGAAAUUUACAUAUAUACGGUCUCAACAGUACUAGAAGGAAAACAAGCAACAUUUAAGAAGAAAGAGAGAAGAAAUGUUACAUUUAAUCUUGAUCUCACUAACCAAUCAUCAACUACCAUUGAUUGUAUCAUUAAGGAUACCAAUAUGUUUUAUGUAUUCGUUGGGGAUAACGUUUACGAUGUCAGCAAAAAUCCACCAACGGUCAUAAACUGGAAAUCAAAUAGCGCCAAAAAUCCAUUUAAAUCCACCAACCACACCAAUCGCCCUCAUAUUGUGGACGCAUGUGAGAACACUGAUUCGCAAAGAAUUCUCUUUUUUUCUGGAGCGGAGUACUUCUACUAUGAUUUCUCUACAAAGCAUGGUUUUUGGACUCAACGAAAUCAGACUAAGUGUUGAUUUGAAAUAAAAUGUUUCUCGAGAAUAUGAUAUACAUGUAUAUACGCAUAUAAUUUGUCUAAAAAAUAAAAAAAAAAUCAUUUUUCAAAUUUUCUAAUAAAGGUUUUCAA